UCACACACACUGAUGGUUUAAAGUUCACACCGCGUCACACAAGGCAAAUGGCAUGUAGGGUCCAUUCGUGGAGCCAUGAGCCGUGUCCUCCUCCCCACCAGCCACCGUUGACCGUCACGCCCGCCACAUCACACACAUCCGUCCACACCAACAGCAACAGACCACACAGAACACACAGACGGGCAAAGCCCCCGACUGUCUGCCUGCCUGCCUGUCUGACUGUGGCGAGCCAAUGAAGGAGUAUGGGAGCAGAAGGUACUACCCCUCGUGUCGCAUUGCCAUGGCCUAACGGUAAGACUUUUGGUAUCUGGCGCGUGCGCCCCGACCGCCGAAUUUCUUGGGUUCGCAUCUUCUGGGGUCUGCGACGAAGAGGGACCGGUCGUAGGCGUUGAAGGUGUCCUUGAGCUCCUUCUUGCUCGACUCGUCCACAUCUGACACACGAGACACACACGGACAGACGGAGGGAUGGAAUGGACGCGUCAUGUCACACACAGCCGGCAGGCCGUGAUGUGCGUUGUGGUGUUGUGUUGCUUACACUUCUGGUAGUAUGCGAGGAUGGCCUUGGCGAUGGCUUGACGAAUGGCUGAUGAGAACACAACGGACGACACGACACAGAUGAGAGAUGAGGCAAGCCAAGCCACCUCUGGCGGUCUGGUGUUGGUGUGUCUGCGUAGCACCAUAGAUCUGUGAGGUGUAUCCGCCGCCCUUGACCCUCAGCCUGAUGUCGAUGCUCUCGAACUUCUUCUUCCCCAGUAUCAGCACCGGCUCGAACAGCUUCACGCGCAGGAUCUCGGGACGCAUCAAAUCCAACGGACAACCAUUGACCUAACGGGAUACAGAAGCCAACCACCACACAUCAAACACACACAGGGUGCGGUGCAGGCUGACGCUGACGCCCACCUUGAUGUGCCCAGAUCCCUCCUGGCAGAGGGCCACAGCCACGGCAUUCUUCUGAGAGGCACAGCAACGCACAGACAGACAAGAGGGAGGGAGUGACACGGCCAUCCAGCUCACAGACCACCCCAUGUCGGUCGCGCCCACCUUGCGUCCGAACGUCUGGACCCUCUUCGUGGGCUCCUUCUCCUUCUUGCCUUCCAUGCUGGCAGGCUAGACAGGCUGAGAUCAGGAGCUAGCUGAACACGCACAACGCACAAACCACACAGAUCUCUGCCUGUAGGUCUACCCGGUGCAGCUUUUCACUCUCUCCCUUCUACUAUACCCCUCCCUCUCCUCAUCCCCCUCUUUGGUGUACCUGUUCGUUCGUUGCGACCUUCUUC